AAUUAAGCACACUUCUAUUUUUACAACCUCUAUAUUUCUCUUUUACACAGUAAUGAGUGUGAAAUCUGCCAAAUAUGCAAGACCAGCAGUAAGUAAAUACACAUGCAUAAUGGUGUUAUUUGUUGUGAUUUGGAUGAUUUGAAAAAGCUUUUGUGUGCUGAGGGCUGUUUGUACUUAAGAGUUUUGCAACUUUUUCCAAGCCUUAUGCUUUUUUUUUUUUUUUUUUUUUUUUUUUUUUUUUUUUGGAGAAAAAUGAGUUCCUCUUGUACCAGCUGUGCAAAUGGCAAACAUAUGCUGACUUUCCCAAAGAUCUCACACACACACACACACACACACACACGUAGACACAGUACAUAAACACACACAGCUUUGUUACAAAAUUGUAACAGUAUCUGUACAUUUGGGCACUUGUGUGUGUGCAUGUGCAUUAACAUAUCUUACGUGCAUAAUUCACACUUAUCAAUGUGCUCCGCCCAUCAAGGUUAUUUAAAUAAGUUAUAGAGCUAUAAAUAAAUGGCUACUAACACUCGUACCCUUGUAAUCUUCACCAUGAACACCUUCCUGUCUGUUGUGAUCCUGAGCGUGAGUCUGCCCACCUUGCUGGCAACUCUAGACUACAGAGCGCUGUGGCAGUUCAGGGCUAUGAUCCUCUGUACCAUCCCUGAUAGCUGGCCUUUACUGGAUUACGCAGACUACGGAUGUUAUUGUGGAAAAGGAGGCUCCGGCACCCCUGUGGAUGAACUGGACAGGUGCUGUGAAGUGCAUGAUCAGUGUUAUUCUGACUCAUGGCAGCAUGAUGACUGCUGGGGUAUCUUAGACAACCCCUACACUGAAGUCUACUCAUUCUCAUGUGACAAAGCAGCUAGGAAAAUCACCUGCAGUGCUGACAAAAAUCGUCCCUGUGAGAUGUUCAUCUGUGAAUGUGACAGGAAAGCAGCUGAAUGCUUUGCACAGGCGGGUUACAACCCAGAACACGAGCACUAUCCCAGUGAAAACUGCAAAUGAACUGAAACUCCAUUAAAGCUUAGGAUUGUCCCCAAAGUCUUAUUAAAGAUAGCAAUGGAAUAGCAUCAAAAGUUAAUUUUUUUGCUUAUGCCAAUUGAUAUUUAAUUCAUAGCAGACACAUUCUUUGAUCUUAUAUGUUAAUUUAUUCAUGCAAUUAAAGUAUUACUUUUUAAAAAUUAUUAGUCUUUUUUUUCCAGUAAACAUAGUUAUAUAUGUAGUGUUAGAUACUAAGACUUCGGAGAAUACAGUUUCUUGUGAUAGAAUUCAUACACCAUAAUGUGAAAGAAAAAAAAACUGUUUUAACAUCUUUGCAAAUACAUUGAAAAAAAAAACCUAUUCUAUUGCAAAAGUAUUCAUACCCAUAU